AGAGAAUGAUCGACUAAAAAAUUAUGCUGUAAUUUCAUUAAAACUUGAUGGUAUGCAUGGGCUUCCUGGUAAUUUAGAAUUUCCAAAUCUCAAGCUUCUAUAGCUGGAUUGCAAUGCUAGAUUACCACGAAUCUCAUAUGAUCUCAACAAAAGAAUGGAGGUCAAAGUACAAGAGACCCAAGAUAGUUUCUACCAAGGAAUGAAAGAACUUAAAGUGCUAGCUUUAUCCUAUAUGUACAGCUCAUUGCCGACAUCACUUGGAUGCUUGAUCAACCUCCGAACCUUGUCACUUUUUCGUUGCCGGCUUAUUGAUGAUGAUAUCUCUGUAAUUGGAGCAUUAGAGAAUCUAGAAAUUUUGAGUUUUGCUGGCUCUUAUAUCAAGGAAUUGCCGAAGGAAAUAAUAGGUCACCUUGCUUACUUGAAGGUACUUGAUUUGUUGGGAUGUAUAGUGGAAAGGAUUUACCCCGGGGUUUUGUCAAGCUUAUUAAAGCUAGAAGAGCUGUAUGUUGGAACCACCUUUCAACGGUGCUGUAAAGUUGAAGAAAGCAAAGAAGGUGCUAAAGCAAUUAUCGAUGAGCUGGCGUCGUUGUCCAAUUUGGUGGCUUUGGAUAUUGCUCUAAUAAACAUUACCUUCUGGCCGAGAGGUUUGGUCGUUGAGAAGGUAAAAAAGUUUAAUAUAGUUGUUGGCGUGACUGACUUUGACUACAUCCUUGAAAAUGUGAGUGACAUUAUUGAAACAAGGCUUAAUUUGCUGUUGAAGGGCACUGAAAUUCUGGAUGUAAACUCAAGAACAAAAGGUUUGAAAAUUCUGUGUGAUUUGGUCGAUGAAGAUGGGUUUGAAUGCUUAACGAAGUUGAGCCUACAAUACUUGUAUGAUUUACCUCAUCAAUACAGCAGAUGGGGUUCCACAGAGUGCUUUCCCUGUGUUAGAGUUUCUGAAUCUUCAUGAUCUACAUAAUUUCAAAGGGAUUACCAGUCAUGAACGCCGACUACCGAACAAGGCUUUCAGUGCAUUGAAAGUGUUGGUAAUGGAAUUCUUGUCUGAACUGACAAAUUUGUUGAAGGGUCCCACCCAACUUGUAUGGCUUGGCAACCUGACGUCUGUACAUGUGUGGCCUUGUGAGAAACUGGAAAAUAUGUUCUCACUUUUCAUAGCUAGAGAUCUAGUGCAACUGCAGGACCUUUCCAUAGGACGCUGUGAUAUGAUGGAAAUUAUUGUUUCGAUUGAAGGAGGAGAGCAUGAAAUAGCAACAGAUAAAAUUGAGUGUCCUAAACUAAAGCAAUUGCAUCUUAGAAACCUGCCAAGUUUUACUGCUAUCUGCAAAGCUAUGAAUAUAAUUGAGCUGCCACAACUGAGUUACUUGGUACUGCAGGAAAUACCAAAGCUGAAGCAUCUCUGGCCUGCUUCAGAUUCAGAGAGCAAUUGUGAUCCCAUCAUUCAACCCCUCUUCAACAACAAGGUAUGCUUCUCUUAUUUAAGAGCUUAAUUAAUUGCUAAUUUGUGAACAGCUUUGAAUUUAUUUACUAUUAUAUCUCUAUUGGAGGUUUAUUUUUUUUCAUAAUUGUGUACUAAGAUUGUGUGCAUUACUUUCACGCCAUAUUCAAUAUAAAUUGUGUUUUACAUACAUUUGUGUUUAUAUAUCUCUAAUCAUACCAAAUAAAAAGUAAAAUUUACCAACCAAAUUCCUAGGCGUAAAAUCUAUACAAAAUGAUGUGAUAAUUGUAUUUUGACAAUUUUGAGCCGUAAUAAUCGAUGUUUUGCAUUGAAGUGAGAGGACCACAUAAGGUCCCAUUGUUCUAUAUAAAAAACUUUUAUUAUAAAAAAUAAAAAAUAAUUAAAUUACCAAUUAUUUUAUCAACUAGUCACGUGUGUGGGACCCUACUGACAUGUGAGUAAUUAGUAAAACAGGGGACAGUUUGGUUUGUAAAUGUAGCAAAAUUCUUUUAAAAAAAUAAAAAAUAUAUGUUAAGAGCAUAAUAAUAGGGAAUGCAUCUCUCCAGCAGUUUGGCCCACUGUGAACCCACCUUAGACCCAUCUUGACAAUUCAAAUAAUUCAUCUUGUUUGACCCGUUAAGCAGAUUAUUUGUAUAAAAAAUUAGGUUGAUUGGGUAAUAAGAGUCACUGGAUUAGAUCACAUUUGUAUAAAAAAUAAUUAACAAAUAGUAAAACUUUUCAAUUAGUCUAUCAGUUUUUUUAGACAAAUGAGAUCUGAUCAAUUUGAUUUUUGGCUUGAAUGAUCUUCUAGGAGGGUCAUACAAAAUGAGCCAUUUCGAUCACUAAAAAAUGACGCCCAAUUAGUACACAUUAAUGUGUGUUUGGGAGGGAAAAUAUUGGGUACACAUCUAACUUUUGGCAUAAUGCACAAAGUGGUUCCAAAACCUCAUGGUUAUUAGGUUAAGAUUUUACCAUUAAACUUCUAUCACUACGACAAAUUAAUAUUUUAGAGAUAAAAAUUUGGACACGAAAUCUCUUUCUGGAGACUCAAAAAGUAAACCCUUUUGCACCAAAUUGUUUUGUUUCUAAAAUUACAUUUAUUAGUGACAGUUUCAAAUUUUGUCACUAUAGUCCUUAUUUUACUUUUUUGGACAACCUUUUCCUGACUGCUGUAAUUUGCAUCCUAAUAUUUUUUAUAAUAAUAUUUUUAUUUUUUAGGAUGAAAAUGUUUUUCCCUAGAACUUUUAUAUGUUAUAAUGGGUCAUAGAGGUGUGGCCCUAAUAAUAUGCGAUUGACUCAUGGAUAAACCUUUCCCUUCCAAAUUAGAGAAUAUAUGCCACUAUAAAAUUAAAAUAAGGUUCAAAAAAUUAAUCAAUUUAAAAAAUAUAUAUUUGAAUAGUUUCAACUUUAAAAUACUCACUGA